ACUCGAACUCCCCCCAAGUCUCCAAACCUCAUACCGGCGGCAAUACACACAGAUAGUCUUAAUGGGUCGGGUUAUCAGGGCACAACGUAAGGGAGCAGGGAGUGUAUUCAAGUCCCACACUCACCACCGCAAAGGCCCCGCCAGGUUCCGGAGCCUCGAUUUCGGCGAGCGAAAUGGGUAUUUGAAAGGCGUGGUCACCGAGAUUAUCCAUGACCCGGGUCGUGGAGCUCCGCUUGCCCGGGUCACAUUCAGGCACCCAUUCCGUUACAAGCAUCAGAAGGAGCUGUUCGUCGCUGCAGAGGGUAUGUAUACCGGUCAGUUCAUUUUCUGUGGGAAGAAGGCCAAUCUCAUGGUUGGUAAUGUUUUGCCUCUGCGAUCCAUUCCCGAGGGUGCUGUCGUUUGCAAUGUCGAACAUCAUGUCGGUGAUCGCGGUACUCUUGCUAGAGCUUCUGGGGAUUACGCUAUUGUUAUUAGUCAUAAUCCUGAUAACGGAACUUCUCGAAUCAAACUUCCAUCUGGUUCCAAGAAAAUUGUUCCGAGUGGUUGUCGUGCUAUGAUUGGCCAGGUUGCUGGAGGAGGAAGAACUGAAAAGCCUAUGCUCAAAGCAGGUAAUGCAUAUCACAAGUACCGUGUGAAGCGUAACUGCUGGCCUAAGGUUCGUGGUGUGGCUAUGAAUCCAGUUGAGCAUCCUCAUGGUGGUGGUAACCACCAACAUAUUGGUCAUGCCAGUACUGUUCGUCGUGAUGCACCUCCUGGGAAAAAGGUUGGUCUUAUUGCUGCCAGAAGGACUGGUCGUCUCCGUGGGCAAGCUGCUGCUACUGCGGCUAAAGCUGAUUAAGCUUAGUUUUGUGUUUCUCUUGAAAUUAAUCAAGUGGUCUUAUGUUUCAGUCCUUGUGCUGCUUGUGAAACAUAGGUAUUAAGAGUAUACUCUAUUUUCGGAGUUCAGUAUUGAAUUUUGUCCCUAUGUGAUGGCUAAAUUUUUUACAAUCUUUCUGAGAUGUGUCCUUCAAUUGACUGAUCCUCUUUUUGAUUGACGAUUCACUGUUCCUGCUCCUAUGUUGAUAUGAGUACUUGACGAUUAACUUUUCC